GUUUCCAGCUAAAGGUUUCUCCUCAAAAUAUAUCCUCAACUCAAUAAAUUCGAACCCUUGACACAGACUCAUCGCUUCGCAAACAUGUUGCCCCUCAUUUGGACGGUGUUUUUCAUUCAUGUCGCCAUUUUCCUGGUGAACACCAUUGGUGCGGCCACGAUUGACAACCUGCUAUGGGUUCUUUUUCUCAAGAUCCCGACAUCAAUGUCCCAGACUGCCCGGGACCAGAAUAAGAUGAAGCGCGAGGCCGUCCAGCUCAAGCGGGAGAUGAACAACACGAGCUCGCAGGAUGAAUUCGCCAAGUGGGCUAAACUGAGACGACGACACGACAAGGCGAUGAGCGACUACGAGACCCUGCACAAGAAACUCUCCUCGCAGAAAACCUCCUUCGACUGGAUCGUCAAAAUCGCCCGGUGGCUCAGCACAAACGGCCUGAAAAUCUUCGUCCAAUUCAGAUACUCCAAGACACCUGUGUUUCCGCUUCCCGGCGGCUGGUUCCCUUACUACAUUGAAUGGAUCUUGUCGUUUCCUCGUGCGCCACAGGGCUCGGUGAGCGUGCAGGUGUGGAACAGCGUGUGCGCCACGGCCGUUACAGUUAUUGCGGAGAUUCUUACAGCGGUGUUUCUGCAGAUGCGGCAAAGAAUAGCGACUCCUGUUCCUGCUACGGCCAAAAAGACGCAAUGAUCCUUGGGGCC